UGCAGCUGUUUGAUUUGCUUCUGAUCCAAACCAAACUCCACAAUGUCCGCGAAACUAAACGCCCUAAACAGCGACUCUUACGUCGACAUUAGUCAGUACAGAGAUCAGCAUUUUAAGGGCAAUCGUUAUGAACAAGAGAAACUAUUAAAACAGAGCAACACGUUAUAUGUUGGAAACCUGUCGUUCUACACCACAGAGGAGCAGGUCUACGAGCUGUUUGCCAAAUGUGGAGACGUCAAGCGAAUCAUCAUUGGCCUGGACAAGAUCAAAAAGACAGCCUGUGGGUUCUGCUUUGUGGAAUAUUACACUCGCACAGACGCGGAGCACGCCAUGAGGUUUGUGAACGGCACACGCCUGGAUGACCGCAUCAUCCGCACAGACUGGGACGCAGGGUUUAAGGAGGGCCGGCAAUACGGUCGUGGCAAGUCUGGAGGACAGGUGAGAGAUGAGUAUCGUCAGGACUACGACCCGGCCAGGGGAGGCUACGGCAAACUGGCCCAACAACAGAGACCCACAGAGGCACGCAACACCUUCUAACCACCACUACCUAUGGACUUACCACCAGUACUACUACCACAGGGACAUAACUUGUACUUCUACCACUGGGAUAUGAAGUACUACAUGUAACAGACUGUACCAUCCCACAUGAAAUGCCACACUGUACCAUGGAACGCCAAACCCCACAUCCCCGAUUGUACUGCCAUCAUCGGGAUGAAUGGAAAAACGUCUCUGUACAAAAAUACUCACGAGUGUACACCUCCUGAUGGUGACAUGGUGGAAAAAUAUGAUCUUGUUUUUAUUUAGGUUUUGUCUUUUUUAAAUAAAUUUUUGUUUUUGACAAAA